AUGAAAACAAACCUACUUUCCUCACGUAUUACAAACAAAAAACGGAAGAUCAUUGUGUCCACACCAAAAAAGAACUAUGAUCAAUUUGGUAGCAAUCUACAAAUCACCAGUCAAAUAGCAUUUGAAGCGGCUAUUUACAAGCUAUCCACACCUGUUAAAUAUUCAGUUGGUUUUUCAUUGGCUGCGCCAGCACUUCCACCCAACAAUUAUCAAGAUGGGAGUAGCUUACAAAUCAUUGAUCGUGCUCAUGGUGUUGUUCACUUAGUCAUACGAAAUGAUUAUGUUGAGGGUGAUGCUUUGCCAUUAAAAAUCGCCAUCGGAAGUGCAUCUAUAUUAUCUUCUUUCAGUAUUCGAGAUGAAGAACGGAGUUUGAAAGAUCUUUCAUCUCCUCAUGUUAUAACUUGCUAUAGUAGCAAUAUCACACCGGCUGAAACUCAAUACCUAGGGAGUGACUACAACUUGAUCCUUGAGUAUUUUUCUGGUGGCAGUAUCUCAGAUUUUCUCAAGUUCAGAGGAGUAGGGAUGGCGGAGUCCGAUGUCCAGAUAUUGGCUCUACACAUCCUCAAAGUUAUCAACUAUGUACACUCAAAGAAAAUCAUCCACUGUGAUAUUAAACUGGCUAAUAUCCUCCUUAAACCGGUUAAUUGCUCAUCUGUGGUUGGUUAUUUAAUGCCUAAUGGAUUUGAGCCAUAG